UUACCAUCAAAUCAAGAGCUUCAUGAGCCCGGAUUUUUACUUCGAACAAGCAAUUCAUUGAUGCCGGUUCUUAUUCGUGCGUCUACGAUUGUUGCCGGUGUGAUAAUGUGUAAUGCAUAUGUUAACAGGGAUAGAGGGUCUGUCACGUCUUGUAUUGACAAAAUUUUCCUUUGCGGCCAGACCAUUUGGAAGACAACACCAAAAAUGACAUUGAUAGUGAAAGAAACUGUAUUUGUGAAAACUCCUACUUUCUUUUUGGUUAAGGGGACGAGAAUGAAAAAUUUGUCAAUCUCGCUAAGGUUAGAUAAAUCCAUUUUUCAAGAUUCAUCUUUAACUGUUGUGAGAUCACGGACAUAG